UGUCGAUCGGCCAUCUUGGAAUUACCUAUGAAGUGAAAUGAGUAGUGUCAUCAUUCGGGCCGAAAUGUUUAAAUAACAAAAGGUUUUUUUUCCUUUUCGACUGUUUUAAUUUGCUUUUGGAAUUUUGGAGUGGCUCAACACGGACUUCCGCUACGCAGAGCAGCCAUCGGAAGCUACGGGUAGAACAUCAACGACAGCGCUUAGGCAGCCCAAAAUUGUUAUUUUAUUUUUUACUACGAAGGGGAACUAAAAAGACGUGGUGCUAUGCAGGUGAACGUGGCGGGUCUUCGGAGGAACUUGAUGAACCUCGCGCACAAUUACUCUGAUGCGCAGAGGAAAGUACGAGAGGCAACUAGCAAUGAUACGUGGGGUCCUAGCAGCACGAUUAUGGCUGAGAUCAGUGAUCUCACCUAUAACGUGCUUGCCUCCACGGAGAUCAUGCAAAUGAUCUGGAAGCGGCUCAACGACCAUGGCCGCAACUGGAGGCACGUUUACAAAGCCCUUGUAUUGCUGGAAUAUCUGAUCAAGACAGGCUCUGAAAAGGUUGGUCAGCAGUGCAAGGAGAACAUCUAUGCAAUACAGACUCUUAAAGACUUUCAACAUAUGGACGAGGCAGGGAAGGAUCAAGGCCAGAAUGUCAGGGAGAAGGCGAAGCAGCUUGUGGCGCUGUUAAACGACGACGAAAGAUUGAAGAGCGAGAGGGCGCGUGCUCUGAAAGCCAAAGAACGAUUCGCCCAGAAUGCAAGCGGUUUCGGUAGCGACGGAGGGCUAGACACUCCAGCGAGCCCACGGUUUCCGGCGUUCCAGGGCAGCAGCGAGUGGAACACAAGCAGAGACUCAGUUGAAUUGCCUCGUGAUUUAGAAGUAGCUAGACCGCAGACUGCCGGGGAGGAAGAACUACAAUUGCAAUUGGCUUUGGCCAUGUCCAGAGAAGAGGCGGAGCAGGAGGAGCAGAAGAGGAGGUCUGACGAUGUGAGACUCCAAUUGGCGCUCAGUCAAAGUCAGCAGGAUUUCAAGACGACUCAAGACAAGCCCGGUAGCGCUCCUAUCAACUUAUUAGAUGUGGGAUUGGAUGAAGCCUCUAACAACGUUGAUCCAUGGGGAAUGCCGCAGGCCCAAAAGGCUCAGGUAGCUGCGUCGAGUCCGUGGCGUUCUGGAGGUGGGACUUCGCCGGUGCCACAACCAUUUGUAGAUCCGUGGAUUCCAACUGCAAUGCCGCGCCCUCCAUCGCAGCAAGGUAAACUUCCCGUACGACCGAUGGCGGAUCCCUGGAAUUCCAAGGUUACGCCAACGCCUUUAGUGGAGACUGCAAUUCGGAAUGAUCCUUGGUCUCCAGUCAGCCAGAGUUCAUCGGAUUUGGACGAUUUCGACGCCAUUACUAAUAGAAAUAGAACAAUCUCACCUCUCCCGGCAACGAACGGUACCACCAAUGGGAAUAACAAUAAUACACUAAUUCCGGACCCAUUCGAAUUGAAUCUGCUCGGCGAUAUGUUGCCGCUUACUAACGAAUCCAGUCCUUCGACUGGGGCCACUAAGAAAACUCCACAUUCCUUUUUGGGCGAAAAUUCGGCACUCGUUAAUCUGGACAACCUAGUUACAGUUGGUAAACCAGCGAAUCAAUUGGGAGCAGCAAACCCAUUUUCGGAUGGAACAGCUCCUGCGCCGGUAGCUGCGCCCCCACGGCCCAUAUUCAAUCCUCAACCACCGAAACCGACGAUGAAUCAGAUCAAGCAGACUGCGCCUUUCAUUGCAGGCGGGGAACUGGGCUACGGGCAAUCAGCGGUGCAAGCAGCAUUUGCGUCCAAUGGGGCUGCAGCGCCAUCCGUGGCGACUCAGCCGGAUCCUUGGGCUCCAGCACCAGCAACUACGAACACUGCAGCUUUAGGCACACCAUGGAUGAAACCAGGUGAAGCGCACGCCAAUCCGUUCCUUUCUUAGUUGUCAAACUACUUCAGCAAUUCUUAAUUAUUUUUAUUUUAUUUUUGAAUUGUUUUAUUUCCAAUUUUUGGAUAUACAUUUUAAAAGCAAAACAGAACAAAAGCAAUUUUAAACUAAAAGCUUUCUAAACAAAGACAAAACAUUACAUAAUUCAUCCUAACUACUAUAUUUCUAUAACACCAAAAUCUAAAAAAUAAGUUGAUACGGAAUGGGAUUAAAAAAAAAACAUUUUU